AUGAGAUCCAGUGUCCUUGUAGCAGCCUUGAGCUUCAGCACUGCAGUCUUCGCAGCACCAACCUGGCACGACUGGAUCGACUCCUGGAAACCAAGCCAUGCUUCUGGUCUUGAAGGAUAUGCACUCGACAACCCACUAGGCCCCACCACAGGGGGCAAAGGCGGCAAAGCCAUCACCGUCAAGACCGUCGAAGAGCUCGUAGCUGCCGUAGCUGGGGACAGCCCCAAGAUCAUCUACCUCGAUGGCGAAUUCCGUCCUUCAUCGCGUCUGGUAGUCGGCUCAAACACCAGCCUCCUCGGCAAGGGGAAGGGAGCCAACAUCAUCGGCGAAGGUAUCAACAUCUACAAUGCAGCGAAUGUCAUUGUUCGAAACAUUUCCGUUCGCUUUGUUGAGGGUGGAGAUGGCAUGACGGUGCAGAAUUCGACGAGGGUUUGGGUUGAUCAUUGCGAGUUUGAGAGUGAGAUUAGUCUUGAGCUUGGUCCUGAUUUCUACGACGGUCAACUCGACAUAGUCCGCGCCUCAGACUGGAUGACAGUCUCCUACAACUACUUCCACGGCAAGUCCUCCUUCUCCGCCCUCCAAUCCCUUCCCCUCACCUCCUUCCGUUCCCUCACUAACCUCCCGACCCUCACAGACCACUGGAAAUCCUCCCUAGUCGGCAACUCCGACGUCCUCCGCGAAGUCGACGAAGGCCACCUGCACAUAACCUACCACCACAACUUCUGGCAGAACAUCGGUACGCGCGGCCCAGCAGGCCGCUUCGGCCAUCAACACAUCUACAACAACCUCUACGAAGACUUCCUCUACCAAGCCAUCCACUCGAGAUCGGAUAAUCAAGUGUUGGUAGAGGCGAACAAGUUCAUGGGUGAUACCAGGACGGCACUGACGACGUAUGGAUUGGUGGUGCCGGAGGAUAGCCCGAAUACUUGUGUUUGUGGUGAUGAGGAGUUGGAUGGGUUUGCGAAUCUGGGGGCUAAGAAUGAUUUUGGUGAUGCUAUCGUUAACAUUACGCAAGUUGGCGACUUCACGAAGGCUGGGUAUAAGUACAAGUUGACGCCGCUGAAGUUGCUCGAGUCAGUGGUACGCAAGAACGUUGGAUUGGGCAAGGUGAAAGUGUAA